UAUUGGUUAAGCAUGUUUUCAUGUUUGAUAAACACUGCUUAGAUUUUAAUUGCAUUUCGUUUUGAGGUUAGUUUUUUUAUUUUUUUUCUUGCUAGGGUGCUUGGGGCAAAACCGUACGGGGUAAUACCGGGUGGUACCCGGUUUUGUACAAUAAUCAGUGACUACGUGUUUAUUUUUUUUUAAAUAUAAUUUUGUUUGAAACAUUGUUACAGUUUGAAUGAAAAUGCCGCGAAAUUAUAAACGAUGUACAAACCGGCAGUCAUGGACUGAAGAAGCCAUGAAAAAGGCCAUUUCGGAAGUAAUAGAAGGAAGAAGUGGAUACCGUCUGGCUUCUCGACAAUUUGCAGUUCCACAAUCGACAUUAGAAGAUAGAGUUAAGAAGUACCGUAUAAACAAUGACCUGGAACAAGCUUCUAAAAAAGGCCUAGGUCGUUUCAAGACUAUUUUUACAGAUGAGCAAGAAGAUAUUAUGUGUCAGCAUAUUAAAGAUCUAGAGGCUCAAUUAUUUGGGCUUACAUACACAGAUUUUAGAAAACUUGCUUUUGAAUAGGCAGAGAAAAAUGGCAUAGAUCACGGUUUUAAUAAAGACACAAAAAUGGCUGGUAUGGAUUGGCUUUAUGGAUUUUUACGUCGUCAUCCGGAAUUAUCAUUACGCCUUCCAGAACCGACUUCCGUUGCACGAGCAAUGGGGUUUAAUAGAGUAAAUGUCUCGAAAUUUUUUGCUCUUCUAAUAGAACUGCAAGACAAAUACAAAUUUGGGCCAACUAAGAUAUUUAAUGUCGAUGAAACCGGGAUCAUGACUGUGCCCAAAAAGAAAUCCAAAGUUCUGUCUUUAAAAGGCAAAAAACAAGUAGGCAUUAUCUCUUCUGCUGAAAGGGGCCAGUUGACUACUGCAGUUUUGUGUGUAUCAGCUUCAGGUGUUUAUAUCCCACCACUUUUGAUUUUCCCGAGAGUCCGAAUGAAGGCAGAAUUGUUAGAUGGUACGCCUCCUGGAACUAUUGCUGUAUGCCAUCCCAGUGGGUGGAUACAGAGUGACAUAUUUGUGAACUGGCUAAUCCAUUUCAUUGAAAAUGUGAAACCAUCGAAAGAUGACCCUGUACUCCUUUUAUUAGAUGGUCACUCAACGCACACUAAAAACCUUCCCUUGAUUGAUAAAGCUCGAGAGAACGGGGUGAUCAUACGAACGCUUUUGAUCAAGAAACGGUUGAAGAUCGAGAUGAAAACAGUGUUAUUAGACCAGCGGUUAGCCCCCUGCCAAGCACGUCACAGCAAGCAGAUACUCCACAGCCAAGCACAUCACGGCCGGCCAUUAAUCCACAGCCAUGCACAUCCCGGCAGGCACUUCGCCAGCAACCAAGCACGUCACGGCAAGCGGAUAUUCCACAGCCAAGCACUUCACGGGAGGCAGUUAGCCCACAACCAAGCACGUCACGGCAAGUGGACAUUCCACAACCAAGCACUUCACGGCUAG